UGUCCACAGUCCAAGUACAAGAAGCUUGUGCUCAGCAAAGUGGCUACCAAUGAAGGCAAACACCAAGACCACGACCAAAAACGGGAGCAGGUAGUCAUGAUGGACCAAACACGCCGAAAAAGGCCACAGCGACACUCACCAAAGCCAGUUCACCAACCAAAAAAUCACAGCACAAGGGUAGAGUUUCCGCGUCGCGACUUAGAGCGUCAGGUAAGUUUUUUUUUUUUUGUUUCGAGGCGGGCAUCCAAGGCAGAGUGCAAUACCAAGGCACCCAUUUUACAACAAAGAACACGGACACAAGACCACAUCACUGAACGACACCGGACUGUACAUUACAAGUUAACGUGCCUCAGGAUGGGUGCACAAGCACGCCAAAAGUCGCCGGGGUAAUGAGCCCCGCCACCCCUUACAGAAACACACGACAGGACAAACAAAAACAAGGCAAGACGGCACAGCAGGACAAGUUAAAAGACGCGAGAGACACUAUCUAA